CUAAUGUUGUACAGUAAAUGGAACAACACGAUUCAAUCCUUUUUAUCAGGGAAGAAAGUGCCUCAAAUAACUCAAGAAUUGAACAACAUAUUUGAAAAAGUCGGACUAGAAAGUCGUGAACACCCAAUCCGAUAUUCGUCUUCAGAUGGCGAGAAAAAACAGUCUUUGAACCGCUACGGCAAUGUACUGCCUUUUAACAAAAACCGAGUGAUUCUCGAACCCCCAAUCGACCAGGAUUCAUUCACGAAAUGUGAUUACAUAAAUGCAUCUCACAUUAAGCACGAUCUAGUGCCGAGAGAAUACAUAAUGUGUCAAGGUCCAUUGGAAAACACAUGCGAAGCCUUUUGGACUAUGGUCAUGCAAAAUGAAGUGAAAGUAAUUGUAAUGCUUGGAAAUUUCAUUGAAAAGGACCGCGAAAAAGUAUUCGAAUACCUGCCUUUGGGUCACUUCGCAUCAGAAAAAGACGGAGAAAACGAAAAAGAGUUUAAUAACAUCGGCGUGAAAAGUGUCAACUUGAAAAAUAACGAUGGAAUCUUGACUGAAAGAAUGUUAGAGGUUAUGGAUAAAAAAUCGAGUCAAUCACAUAAAUGCUGGCAUUUUCAUUUUUCGGCGUGGUCUGAUUUUGGGGUUCCGGCGAAAGUCGAGUACUUGGAAACCCUAAUAAAUGCUGUCAAUGAUAAAGGCGCAUUUGAUGAUGCUCCAAUUGUCGUGCAUUGCAGUGCCGGGGUUGGACGGUCAGGCGUCUUUGUUUACUGCGACAUUGUGUUAGCUUUACUUUCUCAGUCUAGUCUUGAAUCGGUGUCGUAUGUAGGGGAAUUAAUAGGAAUCAGACGCCAAAGAAUGAAAUCAAUCCAGACCUUCCAGCAGUUUGUGUUUGCAUUGCAAGUUUUAAAACUGAUGUAUCCUAAAGUCGCCAAUUGGGGUGCGGUGAGUCCGGUGAAAAAUACCGACACGGAUAUUUUAUCCGACCAAACUGAAUCGAUGAAUUCAAUAAAAGCUCCAAUUUUAAAAACCUGCAAGGCGGUUGAAAAGAGAAAAUAUCAAUGUCUGUCUGAUAUUGUUGGUCUACAACAAGACGAAUCAAAUAAUGAAGAUGGUGAGCUUCAGGCAAAAAAACCGCCUCCUUGUCCUGUGCGUACGAGUUCUUUAAUGGUCAUGACCAAAUCGAAAUCAAGUGAUACUGAAAUGAACCAAACUAUGACUGCUACGCCUGAAUCUCCAGUUAUGUUCAUGACUCCGGCUAACCAGAGCGAAAAGAAAAGCAAAAGUUUUUUCAGCCUGAAUAAAACAGAUUCGAAAUUGAUGUUGAAAAGUAAGUUGGUCACGAAGCGAAAAAUGGGAUCAUCACUGAGGAAAAAUUUGAUAACCAAAUUCAAAAAGAUUGACAAAAAUGAUCUUAAUGAAGUGGUUAAGCCUAUAAACUUUGAGGCUUAAAGUUGUGUUAAGACUUGCUGUGUUAGGCAAGUGCAAUUGUUAAAAAAACUUCAGUUAACCUAUUUAUUCGCUUAAGUUAUUUAUUUUAAUGAUUAACUUAGUAUUGAAAUCUAUAAAUUACCUGUUUAUGUGGCGCGAAUGUACUUUGAUUUAAAUUGCUGAUAAUCAAACGGUACAUACAUUGUCAAAUUUUUGUUUGGAAAUAAA